GCCUGGGCUCCGGUGCAGAGUUGGCAGCAGCGGAUCAGGAUGGCUGCCCCCACGCAGCGCUGCCGCGGAGGCCCCGGAGGCCCCGCCGGCCCCGCGAGGCCCCGGCUGCGGCUCGCGGUGCUCCUGGUGGCCGCGUGCUGCCUGCCGGCGGCCGCCGCGCUGGUGGAGGGUCUGUACUGCGGCGCGGAGGUCUGCUACGACGUGCUCGGCGUCUCCCGGGAGGCCGCCAAGCCGGACAUCGCCCGGGCUUACCGGCAGCUGGCCCGCCGGUACCACCCGGACCGGUUCCGGUCGGGAGAGCCCGGCCUGGAGGGAGAGACCCGCGAGUCCGCCCACCAGAAGUUCCUCCUCAUCGCGACCGCCUACGAGACGUUAAAGGACGAGGACGCUCGGAGGGACUACGACUACAUGCUGGACCACCCGGAGGAGUACUACCACCACUACUACACGUACUACCGCCGGCAGCUCACCCCCAAGGUGGACGUCAGGGUCGUCAUCCUGGUCACCAUCUGCGCCAUCUCCAUCUUCCAGUUCUACAGCUGGCACAGCAGCUACAACGAGGCCAUCAACUACCUGGUGACGGUGCCCAAGUACCGCAUCCAGGCCACGGAGAUCGCCAAGCAGCAGGGCCUCCUCAACCGGCCCAAGGAGAAGGGCAAGAACCGGCGCUCCAAGGAGGAGGUGCGUGAGCAGGAGGAGGAGGUGAUCCGCGACAUCAUCAAGAACAAGAUCGACAUCCAGGGCGGCUACCAGAAGCCCAACCUGAGCCACAUCCUGCUGUGCCAGAUCGUGCUGUCGCCCUACUACCUCACCCAGUACGCCUCCUGGUGCGCCUCCUGGUUCUACCGCUUCACCCUCUGCAGGGAGGAGUACGGCGAGGAGGAGAAGUUCUACAUCAUCAGGAGGAACAUGAAGCUGUCUGAGUCCCAGUUCUCUGGCGUGGAUGAGAGCGCCCGGCAGUCCUUCCUGGAGAAACGUCUGUGGGUCAGAGAAAACUACGAGAUGCACAGAAAGGAGCAGGAGGCGGAGAUGAAGGUCAAGAUGGCGACCGACCCGAGGAUGAAGAGGUACCGCCGCUGGAUGAAGAACGAGGGUCCGGGCCGGCUGACCUUCAUCGACGACUGAGGCCGAGCCUGUGACACACACACACACACACACACUCUGCUGGGUGGACUGUACAGAAAGAGGAACUAUGCUGUUUAUAUGAGGAGAGAUAUUUUCAUAGUCGGGUCAUGAAGUGGAAUAAACUGUUUAACGGGCUUCAGGCUCAUCAGUCUU